CCUCCCCUGAGGGUUGCAGUUUAAGUGUGAAAGAGUCUACCUCAGUGGGCAUGAAGCAAGGAAGAGAAUCUGGUCUGCAUUUUGGAAGAACUGCCAUGGCUGCCCCGUGGGUGAUAAUCAGCGGGCCUGAGGGGCUCACAGCUUGAGCCACCUUCUCUAAACAAGAUGGCGGUGGAGAGAAGUCCCUGAGCCUGUGAAGGGUAAAGGCCCUUUCCGGUCCAAAGAUGGGGAACAUCACCACAGAUAACUCCUCGCUGACCUGUGCCAUUGACCACACCAUUCACCAGACGCUGGCCCCCGUGGUCUAUGUCACGGUGCUGGUCGUGGGCUUUCCGGCCAACUGCCUGUCUCUCUACUUCGGCUACCUGCAGAUCAAGGCCCGGAACGAACUGGGCGUGUACCUGUGCAACCUCACCAUGGCUGACCUCUUCUACAUCUGCUCGCUCCCCUUCUGGCUGCAGUACGUGCUGCAGCAUGACAACUGGUCCCACGGCGACCUGUCCUGCCAGGUGUGCGGCAUCCUCCUCUAUGAGAACAUCUACAUCAGCGUGGGCUUCCUCUGCUGCAUCUCCAUCGACCGCUACCUGGCCGUGGCUCAUCCUUUCCGCUUCCAUCAGUUCCGGACCCUGAAGGCGGCGGUUGGUGUCAGCGUGGCCAUCUGGGUCAAGGAACUGCUGACCAGCAUCUACUUCCUCAUGCACAAGGAAGUGAUCGAGGACGAGGACCGGCACCGCGUGUGCUUCGAGCAUUACCCCAUCCAGGCGUGGCAGCGCAGCAUCAACUACUACCGCUUCCUGGUGGGCUUCCUCUUCCCCAUCUGCCUCCUGCUGGCCUCCUACCAGGGCAUCCUGCGGGCAGUGCGGCGCAGCCACGGCACGCAGAAGAGCCGCAAGGACCAGAUCCAGCGGCUGGUCCUGAGCACCGUGGUCAUCUUCCUGGCCUGCUUCCUGCCCUACCACGUGCUGCUGCUGGUGCGCAGCCUCUGGGAGGCCAGCUGCGAGUUCGCCAAGGGCAUCUUCAACGCCUACCACUUCUCCCUCCUCCUCACCAGCUUCAACUGUGUCGCCGACCCCGUGUUGUACUGCUUCGUCAGCGAGACUACCCACAGGGACCUGGCCCGCCUCCGGGGAGCCUGCCUGGCGUUCUUUACCUGCUCUAGGACCCGCAGGGCCAGGGAGGCCUACCCACUGGGGGCUCCUGAGGCCUCGGGAAAAAGUGAGGCCCACAGUGGGGAGCCUGGAUUGUUAACGAAGCUCCAUUCCACACUCCAGACCCCUGCCUCGCCCGGAGUGGUGCCUGCCGUGAUCGGGUCCCCUCCGGGUGGGUUGGUCUAGCCUCAGUCACCCGUGUGUGUGGGCUUAGGUGAGGCCUGAGCCUUGAUUUAGCCCAGAGGCUGGGUGGUCCCUGAGUUUGUGUGGCAACUGCACCCCUUUUUUUUCUGCUGGAGGGAGGGAGGGAUGGAUGACUGGACCACCGCCAGGCCUCUCUGAUCCCUGGAGGGCAGUUCUAGCUUGCAGGGGUCCAGGGGUGUCGCUGAUUGGGGGAGAUGAGCUCAGUCAACCCUGGUGUGUCUUCCCGCUGCUGGCUGGGGCUGCUCGGGAUGGGGAGACAGCAGACUGGCACUGGCAGGAGGUUUGCAAAGAGCAGAUGUGGUGGGGUGGGGACCAGGGCGCCACUAAGGUCACUGGUGAGACUUGUCCAAGUGCCUGCCAUACUCCAUGACGCACAAAGUUGUGCUGUCACCUUUGACACCCGCUGUAUCACGGGGCGGGAAGGGGAGACUGAACAGAUGGAAGGGGAGAAGGAACGGUAGACAUGGGAUGGGGGCAGGGACAGCGGCAGAGAGCCCGACAGCAACUGCAUCCUAUGUUUAUGGGAAGGGUGGAACAGAACCCCCCUCCCACCCUCGCCCCUGGUCCAAAGGCUGAUGGCAAGUGAACCCCAGGCCUCCCCAAGGAGCUGCCAAAGGUCCUUCAAAAUAAAAGUAUCAAAUGUAGCCACUAGGACUUGAAGCCAGGAUGUCCUUCUUGAAGGUCUUGGCACAGAUUUCCUCCCAAUGAGCUUUUCUUCCAUCACGUUCCCAGAAUGGCAGACAGGAGAGCUCGGUGUGCAGAAGGAGAGGGAUCUAAAUGUCAGGUCUCCCCGCCAGAUGAGGGCCAAGACACUGAGAUUCUGUUACUUCUGGCAGGGUCCAUACUCCCCAUCCCCUGCCACACAUACUAUGGAGUGGCCAGCAGUUAUCAAGAGAGGAAUGUGACCCGCUCCCAGAAUCCUCAGCUCUAACCAACCACACCAAAUGCUCUCAAGGUCUCAGGCAGCAGGAUAAAGAUCCAGUGUGGAUCCAAUAGCUCAUGUGGACAGGAGAGGAGGUGGCCUGGAGCUCACUUUGCUUUGUUCUCUGUCCCUGCUCCUCUGUGAGAUGCCCCACUUCACCCAUCUGGAGAGGGCAGCGGCCCUUGGGCCAUAUGUCAUGCUUUCCUUCCAUCUCAGAGGGCUGAGGACAGAGCUCAUCUCUCUUGAAGGUUUGUGUC